CCUUUUGGUACAUGCUGGUUAGCAGCUCACAGCCGCAAGAAUUUUAAAGACACUGAUCAUUUUUAGCUUUACACCUAGUUUAAUUUAUCAUAACUCUCUUCGGCUAAAAAAAAACCCUGCCUUAUAACGUUGAAUCGUCAAUUCACAACGCGUUCAAGUUGUUAUUUGGUAGUAUUUACUCAGAUUCGCCAUGUUUACAGAGCUGAACAGUAUAUUAAACUCCACUCCUGACAGCUUCACACAGGGAGAGUUUAUCCUGCUGUCGGACAGGCAGAGUGAUGCUUCUUUCCUCAUCCAUCACUUCCUCUCUUUCUACCUGAGAGCUCGAUGUAAAGUCUGUUUCCUGGGUCUGGUGCAGUCCUUCAGUCACUACAGUGCAGUCAGCCAGAGACUGGGUGUGAGCUUAACACAGGCCAAAGAAAAAGGCCAGCUGGUAUUUUUUGAAGGACUAAAGGAGUCGCUGUCGAUUCUCAUUCCACAAGAGGGAAACACGGAGAGUCAGGCCAUGGACUUCCUCAGGGAUCCUGCCGUCGGCCUUCGGAGCCUCUAUGAGUUCGUCGUGUCCAGUGUGAGCGGCGCCGGCAGGGCGCCGGAGGGGCCGGAGGAGUGGGGACCCCCCGUGCUGCUGGUGGACGACCUCAGCGUCCUGUUGAGUUUGGGGGUCGCUGCUGGAGCCGUGCUGGACUUCAGCCACUACUGCAGAGCCGCCGUCUGCUCUCAGCUGCAGGGGAACGUGGUGAUGCUGGUUCGCUGCGGUGGAGACGAGGAGGAAGACGAGGGAGACGAUGAAGGCUCAGCGUGGCUCCUGAGAGGUCUGACGCACCAGUGCAGCCUCGCGCUUCACGUCCAGGGUCUGCCGACCGGUUACUGCAGAGACAUCCACGGACAGGUGGAGGUCUGCUGGAGGAGGAGACGAGCCGACGGGCAGCACACGCAAACCAAACUCUUUCAGUACAAAGUCCACGACAAAGGAGCUUCCUUCUUCGCUCGCGGGACGUCCAGCGCGGUUCUCUAGCUCUUCACUUCUGUUCCCGUCCUGUUUACGAUGAACUGGCUGAUCACAGCUGCCUGGAAGGUCAACAUCAUUUUUCAUUUCCUUCCAUGAAUGGAUGACUGCUUCCACUUGGAAUCGUUUCAUAGAGUCUCUCAGACCUCUGGAUGUUUAUGUGUUUAACAAUUCUGAUUAUUAAAGCUUAAUAAUCGUG